GAUUCCCUGGCUGUGGACAGAGGGAGUGUGUGCGAAAGUUCCUGCGCGCCACGUGAUUUUUGUGCGGGUUUUGGGGUAAGUGGAGGAGUGAGGGCGCCCCCUUUGUACUAAGCAAGCCAUGGAGCCCGCCUGUUUCCUCUCGUCUCAUCCUUUUGAUGACAAUAUGAUGAGCUCGGAUUUGUACAAGCCUGCGCCGGCUACGAUCGCUUCACCCAAGUCCAACCCGGUAGAGCAGCCUAAACCGGUUGAGCCCACCCGAAUCAUCAUCGACCCAGUAACCGGCAGGUCUUAUAGCAAAGGCCGUCUGCUUGGCAAGGGGGGAUUUGCAAGAUGCUAUGAAGUGACAGACCUCUCAAGCAACAAGACCUAUGCAGUGAAGGUUAUUCCUCAUAGCAGAGUGGCUAAGCCACACCAACGGGAGAAGAUCAUCAAUGAAAUUGAGCUGCACAGAGACCUGCACCACAAACACAUUGUGAAGUUCUCACAUCAUUUUGAGGAUUCAGAGAACAUCUAUAUCUUCCUUGAGCACUGCAGUAGAAAAUCUUUGGCACAUAUCUGGAAAUCCCGACACACUCUUCUGGAACCCGAGGUCCGAUAUUACCUCAAGCAAAUAAUCUCUGCCUUGAAAUACCUCCACCUUAAGGGCAUCCUGCACAGGGAUCUGAAAUUGGGUAACUUUUUCAUCAAUGAAAACAUGGAACUGAAAGUUGGAGACUUUGGUUUGGCAGCCCGACUGGAGCCGGUGGACCAGCGAAAAAAGACUAUCUGUGGUACCCCCAACUACCUUGCCCCAGAAGUGCUCCUGCGACAAGGGCAUGGACCAGAGUCAGAUGUGUGGUCUUUGGGCUGUGUCAUGUACACUUUGCUGUGUGGGAACCCUCCUUUUGAGACUUCUGAUCUCAAAGAGACCUACAGGUGCAUCAAGCAUGUUACAUACACAAUCCCAGCAUUCCUUUCCAUACCAGCCAAGAACCUGCUCAUCGGCAUCUUGAAACGCAACCCCCAUGAACGCUUCACACUGGAGGAAAUCUUGGACCAUGAGUUCUUCACCAAAGGGUACAUACCUGAUAAACUCCCACCCAGUAGCUGUGUGAUGGUGCCAGAACUGAACCCUCCCAACCCUGCCAAGAGCCUGUUUGUAAAGGUCACAAAGACGCUCUUUGGGAAAAGGAAGCCCAAAGUUAAGAAGGCUCCUUCUGAAGACAAAGAUGACAUUUCCAAGUUGGUAACAGGUCUUGUGAAGACCUCCAUCUGUAGGCAACUGAGUCAUAAAACUGUGGAAGGGAAUGAGGUCACUCCCUUUAGUGGUCAAAGUCCCAACUCUAGCCCAGUAGAGACUGUAGCGGAGGAGGGUUCGCAGAAGUCUAUAUCCAGGUCCAUUCGUGGGACAAUGGCUAGUAGCUGUGAAGUAUUUGAAGACUGUGCCACAGCAUCAUCUGUCAUUGAAUCUGCCAUUGGUCUUCUGAAGAACUGUCUGUCUCUCAUGCCACCAGCUGAGAGGAAUCCUGCUUCUCUGGCCUGCCAUGAGCAUUUUGUUUGGGUGAGCAAGUGGGUGGACUAUUCCAACAAGUAUGGUUUUGGCUAUCAGCUCUCCAACCAUAGCAUUGGAGUCCUCUUCAACGAUGGAACUCAUAUGGCCCUCUCUGCCAACUGGAAGAAAGUGCAUUACAACCUGACAAACAGCAAGCAUUUCUCUUUCCCGGCAUCAGCUGCUCCUGAACAGCUACAAGGACAGAUGGGUGUCCUGCAGUACUUCGCCUCAUACAUGGAACAGCAUCUCAUGAAGGGAGGAGACUUACCCAGCAUAGAUGAAACUGGGCAGUUCCCGCUGCUGCUUCUACAGUGGGUGAAGACUAAUCAGGCCUUACUGAUGCUUUUUAGCAAUGGAACAUUUCAGGUGAACUUCUAUAAUGAUCAUACCAAGGUGAUCUUUAGCAAACCUGACCACACCUGCCUCCUCACCUACAUAAAUCGUGACAGGAAUUCCUACACCUACAAGCUCAGCAGCAUUGCAGAGCUUGGCUGCUCACCAGAGCUUCAGCGACGGCUCAAAUAUAUCCUCAAGCUGCUUCAACAGCGAGCGGAUGUAUAAGACUACAGGGUAGACUCUGGUAUGCUUGGACCUUCUGUUCUUCCAAGAACUGUAAUGUUAACAAUACAAGAGGUGCCAAUUCUAAGACACCAGAUUCCAGAAUUCUUUCUUGGUGGAUGCCUUUCUAGAAGGGAAAACUUCAAAACCAAAACCGUGCACACAUUGUGCCAAGCCGCUCUUCAACACCCAUCAACUUCUGAAUGCCUACCCUCUACUGCCUCUUUUUUUUAAAAAAAACAAAAGGGAUUUUGUCACUUGCUUUGACAUGAGUGCUCCAGUCCAUGCUAGAGAGAAGGUGUGGAGAUAAAUGCCUCUAAGUUUUACUCCUGUGUGGCCAUUGCACAGUUGGUUAUGCACAUUGGGUCAUGUGGGAUGGGUAGGAAUCUGUGAUCCAUACACCCUUUGGGGAACAAGUACUAAGGGCAAGUAGGGGGAAAAAUAACUUUUUUUUUUAAAUUAAAGUUGGUUUCUGGGUUUUGGCCAGUGCUAAUGCAAAAUCUGCUGUGGAACACGGCAUCCCAGAGCCUGAUGGGUAGAGGGCAUGGAGUUCAGUCCAUGAAUUCAGGCUUAAUUGAGUAGUUUCAGUUGUGAGACGUUUCAGGCUCUUGCAACACUACCACUGGCUACCCAUGGACUGCAGCUUGUUGCUUGGAGUUGCAUCACUUGCCCAAUCCUUGGCUGGUUCUAACUCAUGAACCAAACAAGAGAGCUGUAAAUUGGGAGUGGCUUCUUGGCUAAGAAGGAGAGCCUGUGCAACGAAAACAGAUACAGCAUAGGUGACUUCUGCCAGAGAACCAGGCAAAUUGCUUCCCUGCUUUAGUCAUAAUAUAGCUACAGCAAUUCUUGCGGGGGACUGUUGUUGGCUGAAGUGCUAGCUGGUGCUCUUUUCGAGCUGGUAGGGAAGAACUGCAACAAAUUUGGCAGGAACAAGGGUAGGAUGUCUGACUCUUCAGCCUUAAAUAAGGGUCAAUUCAGGCUUCAGGUGUUGCUGCUAAGCACUUGAAGCUGCGAAGGUACAUGUGGGAUAAUGGAACUAGUACACUAAUUAGGCAAAUGGGACUCCCUUUUUUCUUUUUGCUGAGACUGUGAACACCCUGUUUGUCUCAGUUUCUCGGCUGCUUUCACUCCAAAAGGCAGCAGAGGGAUUCUAUACAUUGCUAUGGUACAGACUUGAACAGCUUUAGUGAAAGCUGCCUGUUUUGUGUUUUGAAUUUGACAAGACUGUUUGUUCAGCUAUGGAGCCUAAAUGGUGUGAGCAUCCUAAGAUUUAUUUAUGUAUUUAUAUGAACUAUUUAUUUUGCACCUGUGUCCUGUCAAUCAUGCACACCACGCCUCCCAAAACCCAGCAGCUUGAUUACAAUAAAACUCAUUUUUAUUAAAAGCAAAAGAGCAAU